AUGGCCUACGGUUUGUGUUACGUGGGGGUAUCCUUGUCUCCGGUGCUGAAGACCCAGACAAUCACCAUCUCAGACGUCACCAACUCUCUGAGAGGAACUGUGGCCUACAAAGAGAUGCCCCUGGUCCACACCGAGACCAAGACCAUCACCUACGAGUCGGCUCAGCCGGGAGACAACAUGGCGGAGAAGGACACAGGGGUUCUUUUGAGUGCCCAGACCAUCACAUCAGAGACCGUCAGCACCACCACCACCACCCAGAUCACCAAGACGGUGAAAGGAGGCAUAUCCGAGACGCGCAUCGAGAAGAGGAUCGUCAUCACCGGAGACACGGAAAUCGACCACGACAAGGCCCUGGCUCAGGCCAUCAAGGAAGCCAAGGAGCAGCACCCCGACAUGUCUGUGACCAAAGUAGUGGUGCACCAGGAGACGGAGAUCACCCCCGAGUGA